UUGUUUUGUGAGAACAUUUAUGAGACCAUUUUUUCUAGCCUUGCCAUACCUCUCAAGUUUUACAGUGUUGAAAGAGCUGAAGAAUCACUAGCUCUAUCCGUAAUGCCUUACAAAUAAGUGAACAGAAAGUCCAGCUAGUACUAACUUUGUAGUAGUAGCUACCAGCAUUUACUCGAUAGUCCUCUCAAAACCAUCGAGUCCAACCGUGAGCUCAGACAAACGUGAGGCCAGGCUGAAAGCCAGCCGGGGAAGACACUAAUCCCACUCUCAGGUCGGAGCAAGCAACGCCAGCGAUUUGUCAGGAGAUGAGAAACAAACAAAACCUGCUUCCUACUUCCCACAGCUGCCUGAGAGACACCGACGCGGCCCGGCCCGGCCCCGGCGGGGCGCUCACCUGCCUGGGGAGGCGGGCAGCGGGGCGCGGCGCGGCACCGCGAGCGAUGGCGGCCGCCGAGCCGCCGGGCGCGGGGGACCUCCCGCAGCUGGCGGAGAGUCUGCUGUGUCAGCUGCAGGAGAAUUUUCAAGCUCUGACUGAAAAGAUAACGCUGAGAAUGGAAGAAAUGGGCGAGCGCAUUGAUGACCUCGAGAAGCACGUUGCUGACCUAAUGACAGAGGCUGGGAUAGAGAAUACCGAUGAAGAGUCAAGACACUGAAAUGAGGAUGUGAUCAAGAAAGAUAAUGGGAGAACAGCACUGCAGCGAAUGUGUCAUUGCUUGCAAUCAGUCACAAAAAGUAUCAGUGAAAACUAACACACUUGCACCAUGCCAUGAUAGAAGCUGGGUUUAUUCAUCCAAACUGUAAUUCCUGUAAUGAGGAAUGAACCACGUUUCAGGGGAGGCAAAAACAAUAUUAUGAUAGAAAACUGUCCUAUACAGCAAGCUUACCAGUCACAAACCUUUUCAAUGUAGAAAGUGUAUUUCAUUUAAUAUUAAUAUUAAAAUUUUCAUCAU